AAUCUGUGGUUAAAUUGUACGUGGUAUUGUUAGGUUAGAAUUUGUACUAGUUUCAGAAGUUAAUUUAUCAUAAUAAUGGCUGAAGUUACAGGUGAAAAAAUAUCUAAGAAGUGAGUAUAUUUUAAGGAACAAUAAUGUUUUCUCUAAAAACUUUUACGUUCUCGUCUGGAGCAUUUAUUAGAACCAAGUUGAACUUACAACUGUUCGUUAAUUCGUCUUCUUCGAUAAGCAAACGUGAACUCAAACGUAGACUUAAAGCAGAACAAAAAGUGAAAGAGAAGGCAGAAAAAGUAGCCCAACAGCCAGUCGUUGUUUCUGAGAAAAAAUCUAAUAAACUCGAGGAAGAAAUAAGCCCUAAUGAAUAUUAUAAGCUGAGGACAUCUGCUGUUGCUCUUCUUAAAUCUGGUUCAAAAUCAGAUCAUCCAUAUCCUCAUAAAUUUACAGUAACAACCUCACUUGAAGAGUUCAUCGAAAAGUAUAAUAAUAUUAACAGUGGAGAUGUAUUGGAUAAUGUAACUCUCUCAGUAGCUGGUAGAAUUCAUUCAAUCAGAGAAUCCGGUUCUAAACUCGUCUUUUAUGAUUUACGUGGAGAAGGUGUCAAACUUCAGGUUAUGGCUAAUGCUAAAAUGUAUGAGUCAGAGGAGAAGUUUGCAGUUGAUACAGAUAAAUUAAGAAGAGGAGACAUUAUUGGAUGUAUAGGACAUCCUGGCAAAACUAAAAAAGGAGAGCUGUCAAUUGUACCAAAAAAUAUCAAGCUUCUGGCGCCAUGUCUACAUAUGUUACCUCACUUACAUUUCGGUCUAAAAGAUAAGGAAACCAGAUUUAGAAAAAGAUAUUUAGAUCUGAUUUUAAAUGAUAAAGUCAGACAAACAUUUUAUACAAGGGCUAAAAUAAUAGCAUAUGUAAGAAGGUUUCUGGAUAAUAUGGGUUUUCUAGAAAUAGAAACACCAAUGAUGAAUUUGAUCGCUGGAGGUGCUACAGCAAAACCUUUUAUCACUCACCAUAAUGAUCUUAACAUGGAUCUGUACAUGAGAAUAGCCCCAGAGCUUUAUCAUAAAAUGUUAGUUGUUGGUGGGUUAGACAGAGUUUAUGAAAUUGGGAGACAAUUUCGUAAUGAAGGUAUUGAUUUGACACACAACCCUGAGUUCACUACUUGUGAAUUUUAUAUGGCUUAUGCAGAUUACAAUGAUCUCAUGACUAUCACUGAAUCAAUGCUAUCAGGAAUGGUGAAAAGUAUUCAUGGCACUUAUAAGGUAAAAUAUCAUCCAGAUGGACCCGAUGGUGAAGAAGUAGAAAUUGAUUUUACACCACCUUUUGCUCGAAUGCCAAUGAUAUCAACUUUAGAAAAAGUUUUAAAUGUGAAAUUACCUUCACCUGAAGAAUUCCACACUACAGAAGCAAAUACAUUUUUCAGUCAACUUUGUGAAAAACAUGAGAUAGAAUGUCCGCCUCCUCGAACAACUGCUAGACUUCUGGAUAAAUUGGUUGGUGAAUUCCUGGAAGAGAAAUGUGUGAAUCCAACAUUUAUUUUGGAUCAUCCACAGAUAAUGAGUCCUUUAUCCAAAUAUCACAGGGACAUACCUGGCCUUACAGAAAGGUUUGAAGUAUUUGUGAUGAAGAAAGAAAUAUGUAAUGCGUACACAGAAUUGAAUGAUCCAGCUACACAAAGAGAACGGUUCAUACAACAAGCUAAAGAUCGUGCAGCUGGUGAUGAUGAGGCUCCACCAACAGAUGAGGCAUUCUGUACAGCUCUAGAAUAUGGUCUACCACCAACAGGUGGAUGGGGACUUGGAGUUGAUCGUCUAACAAUGUUCCUCACAGACUCGAAUAACAUUAAGGAAGUUCUGCUAUUCCCAGCUAUGAAACCCGAUGACCCUAACAAGAAUACUGAUGAGAAUGUAGAUGAAAAACAUAAUGGAGAAUAAAACUUGACUUUGAUUUAAGCUCUACUCUAUAUUUAUUAAGCUAUCUAGUGAAUGAAUAAUAUUUAUAUAAAGAUAAUAUUUGUUUUCUCUGUCUACUUUUGAAAGGUAGUUUUUAAGAUUUUCAAGCCCAAGCUUAUAUUCUUAAAUAAAUGAAAAAUAAGUAU